AUGUCUGCAUCAUCAACUACUACUCAAUCAAAACCACCUUUACGUUCAGAAAGAAAUCUUUGUUGGAAAUUACGGGAUGAAUAUUUUGAAUGUUUGGAGAAAAUUACGCCAUUAAUCAAUAACAAUACAUCAAGCGGCGGGGAUAUUAAAUUAAUUGUUGACCCAAUUUUAGUGCAAGACAAUGACGAAAUACAAAAAUUAGUAAAAAAAUUUAAUUGUUGGAAGAAAAAAGAAGAAUAUGAAAAAGCUUGUAUAACUAGUUGGGUUGAAUAUUUUAAUACACGAAGACAAUUAGAACUUAAACAACGUGCAGAAAAUAUUAAGGAAACUGGAAAAAUCUAA